GAUGCCCCCUCCUCCCUAUAAAAGAAGGGGUUGCCUAAGUGAGAGAGGAGGCCAAUUUUUACACUCUCCCCCGUUAACUUCCUUUCUCUCUCUAGAAUAAUGUGUAUCUUUCUUCUUCUUCAAGAGCUCAAAAGCUCUAUUAAUGGCUUCCUAGCCUAAAUCAUGUACCGUGUAUACCCCUGAUAUUAAUAAAAAUCCCCGUUAGCAAGGUACCGCCAAAUAAGACCCGUGGUUUUCUCCCGAUUUGGAUUUCCACGUCAAAAUUCCUGUGUUUAUAUUUUGGUGUACUUAUUUAGACUAGUUUAUCAUUUUUGCCGGGUUAAAAACGAUAUACCAGUCGAUAAUUUACACCAUCAUUUUGGCGCCGACCGUGGGACACAAACAAAAAGUUGUGUUUUUUGUUCAGCCAAUUUUUUCUCUUACCACACAAAGUGGGCAAAAAAAAAAGAGGGAGAGAGCCAUCUAUUCAAAAAAAAAGAGAAGAAGAGAGAUGCUGGGUCAGUGGGGAAGGAACGAAGAAGAUAAGGGAAGAAAAGGGGAAAAAAUUGGGGGCUUUUCUUCAAAAAUCCAAAAUGGCAAAGAGGAGUCGCCGCCCCACAGAUAUUGCACGAGUUGCCGGCCUCCCCCAAUUGGUCCAGCCGUAUCACCAAAAUCAUCGUCACCACCGAAGAACUUGAUCUCUGCCGCCAUCCCUAGUCGCAGCCCAGCUUUGUCCCCAGGUGAGUCGCGCCAUCACCGGCUCGCCGUUAACGCCAGCACCACCACCGUUCCUGGCGAGAGGGAGAUGUUUGUGGGGAUGGUGUGGAAUUGCGCAGCGGAUAUGAAGAUCCUCCUCACCACUGCUCAAAUCCGCCGUCGCCACCGCUGCUCAGAUCCGCCGCCGCCGCCGCUGCUCAAACCUACCGCCACCGCUGCUCAAAUCCGCCGUCGCCACCGCUGCUCAAAUCUGCCGUCGCCGCCGCUGCUCAGAUCCAUCGCCGCCGUUGCUCAAGCCCGCCACUGCCGCUCAUCAGGCCCUUCGUCUUCUGGAAAAAGCAGGGGUCCAAAAGGCUUCAAGUCCACAGCGGCGGAAAAAUCAAGAAUGCCCACAUCUUCCGGGAUCCGUAGAGAGCCAAAUCCGGGUUGAGAACGGAACCCAGAUCCGGAUUCUACAUUGCUGACGUCGUCAACGGCGAAAUCGUUCUUCUCGCCGGAAACCUCCAAAGAGAAGCCUAAUUCAAAACUAGGGAACAAAUUCCGGGGGCCAAGGCCUCUAACCACGGCAAGGACCGAAACAUAUGCAUAGAGAGCUAAGUCUCCGGCGAAGACCCGAUAUCGUAUUUCUACGUGGACGGCAAAAGGGUCCUCCAAAUCAAGCAUUUGAGGUUGAAAUUCAGAGACACCGGGAAAAUCAGAAUGGACGGGUUCCCGAUCUAGACUAUCUAGUCUCCUGGGGCGGCCAUAAAUGGCUGUUCAGAUUCAAGGAAGAAGGUCGCAGCUAGGGCGAGUGCCGCUCACGCGCCGCCGGGAGAGCGGGGAACAGCUGCAGGUUCGGGCCUGAGACGAAGAUGAUGAAGAAGGGGCUGCUCAGGACGGUGAAGAGCUCGUUGAUGUUGGCGUCUCGUCGUCGGCGUCCUGUAGUUCCGUGAUGGAGUGGACCGGCGCCGAGGAGAACAAACUCAGCUCACCGGGUUCUUUUUAUUGGGGUACGGAAAGGUUAUUAACUUUUUCCUAGUGCCUCUCCCCUUGUCCAAUAAGCACCAGCUAGAUUUCACUACCAAAGAAGAAAAGUGUGAGCAAAGAGUUAAAGUAUGCUGUACAAAUUCAAGCUCGUGAAUGCCUUAUUCUUAACAAAGAUAUGGGCCCACCAUUAAUUAAUGAGAAGAAGGGGCACUUGAUUUUAAAAGCAUCCAAAUCGAGUGGACGAAGAAUUCACAUGGCAAUUGGGAAAAGUACAAGACAUGCCAUUAUCUUGGUCCGACAAAUCAUUGCAUGAAGUUCGGCGGGGCCAUGAAGUUCACCUUCAAAUAAUUGCGUCCUUUUUUGUUCCAUACCUUUACAAAAAGGGAAAGGAAGACUGAGACACAGGCCCGGACCUGGCACGCCGGUUACUACACUGGUCUUGCUCAGUAUAAAAUAAAAAAAUAAUAAACCCGGAAGAGGGGCCCGGAAGAGGGUAUGUCUGCAAGAGGGCUAGACCUGGAAGAAGUGUCGAACCGUACUUACACGAGCCCAUGAGGUUUGACCGGUAUCGGGGAAUCAGCCGGUGCCGUCAAAUUGAUUGGGGAUUAAAAGAUGUCCAUUAAAAGAAAUAGAAAGGGAUCGUCCACCGUGGCGCAUCCUAUUUCUCCCUUCUCAGGGAAGACUUGAACGGGGGGUGAGCUAAGGCCUUCCCGGGAUAGUAAAUAUCAAAUGGCCAUUAAAAGACGUAAUCACCCGGAAGAGGGGGCCUGGAAGAAGGGUGCAUUUUGGGCCUUGGAGAGGGCUCGAAACCAUCCGACAUGGUUAAUUCUCCAAUGUUGAUCUGGCCCGGCCAGUAGCAUUAUCUUAUUGGAAGACUGAGACACAGGCCUGGCCUGACACGCUGGUUACUACACCGGUCUUGCUCACUAUAAUAAAGAAAAUAUGUGACCCAGUCAAACUGGUACACUGGUCUCUCACCAGUCUUACACAUAUUUUCCAAUAAGCCUGAGCUCAAUCGAAUUGGGUACACCGAUUGCACAUCGGUUUCAGCAAAAAAGUGAGCAAAGCUCAUAUCGGGGACGCCCGAUUCAUUUAAGCCCUCAAUCUGAGGCACUUUGAUCGAAGAUGAUCUCCGCGAGACAUGAAGAUAUUUACAUCAGUCAGCCGGGCUAACACUGAUCUUCAACAAAGCUACCGCAUCGGA